AUGCAAGGUGAGCUUAGUGAUGGCCCACCAGGAGUUGGUCCUAUUUCAGGACCUCCUCCACCAUCUGGACCUCCCCCGGAUAUGCCCCCACCUCCAGGUAUGGGAGGACAAUUUCCACCUUCUGGACCUCCUGGCAUGAACCUUCCUCCAAUGAACAUGCAACCACCAAUGGGAAUGCAGCCGCCUAUGGGAAUGGGGCAGCCUACAUCCAUGGGAAACCAACAAGGACCUCCUAUGAAUAUGCAGCAGCCUCCUCCAAUGGGAAAUCAACCUCAAGGACCGCCACCUAUGCAGGGUCCUCCAAUGGGAAUGCAACAACCAGGACCACCAAUGGGCCCACCUCAAAUGCCUGGACAAGGACCGAAUAUGGGAGGACAACAACCUGGUCCACCAAUGGGCCCUCCUCCAAUGGGUGGUCAACAGCCUGGACCACCAAUGGGUCCUCCACCAAUGGGUGGACAACAGGGACCUCCUAUGGGGCCUCCACCUAUGGGUGGUCAGCAACAGGGAAUGCCAAUGGGUCCUCCACCUAUGGGUGGACAGCAACCUGGUCCACCAAUGGGGCCUCCUCCCAUGGGUCAGCAGCCAAUGGGGCCACCCCCAAUGGUGGGACAGCAACAAGGUCCUCCAAUGGGACCUCCUCCCAUGGGCAAUCAGCAAGGGCCACCGAUGGGCAUGCAACAACCUCCACCCAUGGGUAUGCAGCAGCCUGGUCCGAUGGGCAUGCAGCAACCACCACCAAUGAACAUGCAACAACCACCUCCCAUGGGAAUGCAACAACCACCUCCUAUGGGUGGGCAGCAGGGUCCUCCUAUGAAUAUGCAACAACAGGGACCUCCUAUGAGUCAACCUCCUCCAUCUCUGCCGAUGCCACCUGGAAUGAUGGGAAUGCAACAAGGACCUCCUCCAAUGGGUAUGCAGCCAGGACCUCCACCACCUCUAAGGCCUCCCGGCAUGGGUGGCAAUAUGCCUCAACCACAGAUGAAUAUGCAACCUCCUACAAGUAUGGCACAGCAGGCAGGAAGUACCCCUCCAAUGUCUGAACAAAAUAAUGCUCAACCUCCAAACCCAGACGGUCCUCCUGGAGAAGAUCAAUCUCUGCCUUCUCUUCUAACAAUGCAUGUUGAACCGCCUCCUGGCAUUAAUAUGACAACUCCUCCUGAAAAUAGAGACCAGAAACUUCCUCAAGCUCUUGAAAAAGUCCUUGCUCUAAAAACCCAAAGAGCUAGUGAACUGGGUGUUGAUCAGGAAGAAGAGGAGGAAGAGGAAGAAGAUUCAGGAAACCAAACACGUACACCUGUUAUUUUGCAAUCAGCAUUUGAUGAUAUAGAAAACUAUGAAGAUGAUGAUGAAAAGCAACCUAAAAAACCAGGAAGAAAGGAUCUUAAGAAAAGGCUCAAAAACAAAAGAAAGAAGAAGAGGAGUAAGAAGUCAAAAAUAAAGUUACAAGAUCAAAGUGAUAAAAAUGUGGAUUCCAAAGAAAAUUCAGAAGAUGCAGAAAAAGGCAAAGAAAAGGAAGAUGUUCCUGAAGUUGAGGUAGAAUAUAUUCAAGAAAAACUCAAUUUAUUCGAAUUGGAGCCAAUUUACAGAAGUUAUGCUAGGGUUUUAGAAGCUUUUAGAAUCAGUGAACCUACUGUUGUACCUGAUAUAAGUAAAGAAAUCCAAGCUGCCACGAUAUUCGGUGUUCAGAGAAAAGAUUUAACAAAAGUGCCCAAGCUUCCAGAAGAAGAUGAUAUAGAAGAAGGUGGGGAAGGUAAAGGUGAUGAAAAACCAAAACUAUCUAAAAGGAAAUUGAAAAAACUUACAAGACUGAGUAUAGCUGAAUUAAAGCAAUUGGUCAGCCGCCCUGAUGUGGUAGAAAUGCAUGAUGUGACUGCAAGAGAUCCCAAAUUAUUAGUUCAGUUAAAAGCUCAUCGUAACACAGUACCUGUUCCUAGGCACUGGUGUUUUAAACGUAAAUAUUUACAAGGUAAGAGGGGUAUUGAAAAGCCGCCUUUUGAUCUUCCAGAUUUCAUUAAAAAAACUGGUAUAAUGGAAAUGAGGUCAUCUUUACAAGAUAAAGAAGAACAAAAAACUUUAAAAGCCAAAAUGAGAGAAAGAGCACGGCCAAAAAUGGGUAAGAUUGAUAUAGAUUAUCAAAAGUUGCAUGAUGCUUUUUUCAAAUGGCAGACUAAACCUAGACUAACUAUUCACGGUGAUCUGUAUUAUGAAGGAAAAGAGUAUGAAACUAGACUUAAAGAAAAAAAACCUGGCGAUCUUUCACCUGAAUUACGUCAAGCAUUAGGAAUGCCAACUGGACCUAAUGCCCAUAAAGUCCCACCUCCUUGGCUUAUUGCUAUGCAGAGGUAUGGUCCUCCUCCUUCUUAUCCCAAUUUAAAGAUACCUGGUUUGAACUGUCCUAUACCCGAAGGUUGUUCUUUUGGUUAUCAUGCAGGUGGUUGGGGUAAACCCCCUGUGGAUGAAACUGGAAAACCAUUGUAUGGAGAUGUAUUUGCGACCAAUGUCAAUAUAAAUGAAAUGAAAUUGGAUGAUGAUGAAGUUGAAAAAACCACAUGGGGUGAAUUAGAAUCUGAUUCUGAAGAAGAGAGUGAAGAAGAAGAAGAGGAAGAAGAAACCCAAAAAGAUGAUACUGGUCUAAUUACUCCUUCAGAAGGGCUAAUCACUCCUUCAGGAAUAACUUCUGUACCUGCUGGUAUGGAAACUCCUGACAUAAUUGAACUUCGUAAGAAGAAAAUUGAAUCAGAAAUGGAUGGUGGUGACACUCCUGCCCUAUAUCAAGUUCUUGCUGAAAGAAGGGUAGACAGAAUUGGAGGAUCUAUGAUGGCUUCUACACAUGUUUACGAUAUGACCACAGCUUCUGCUGCCAUUGCUAGCAGUGGUACUACCAGUACUGCACCGCGACGAGAUACUGUAGAACUUGCAUUAGAUCCGUCUGAACUGGAUAUGGACUCAGAUGCUAUGGCUGCAAGGUAUGAACAACAGAUGAGAGAACAACAAUCUCAUUUACAAAAAGAAGACCUUUCUGACAUGCUUGCUGAGCAUGUCCAAAGGCAAAAGAACAAACGAAAAAAGCAGCAACAACAAGAAGGAAAACCGACUAAAAAAUAUAAAGAAUUCAAAUUUUAG